AUGUCGACCACCACCGCAACUACUUCUGACCCACCUGCUAUUAUAAACAACGCCACCCCUAGCCAAUCUCCAACUCUUGAAAUUACAAUGACAUUCAGAGCAGAGCCAAAGAAACGAUCGAUAAAACUUGAAGAUCCUCAAAAAACAUUUCACAUGAUGAUUGUGUGGGAUAAGACGAAACCAGAAAAUCAUCAAUUGGAAUAUACUACCAUUAUGAAUGAUUUGAAAAAGUUACUCUCUGAAAAUAAUAAUACCAUCUAUUUCAUUCCUAGAAUUGCUUGUACCAAUUCGACGUAUGGUGAGGUCGAUGAUUGGUUGACUGAUUAUAUACUAAAGCUCAGAAAUGAAAAGUCGUGGAUUCAUUGUGAAAAGGAUCUUGAUAGCAGAGUAGAGGGACAAGUUGGUGAUUAUAAUUUGUUUGCACACAUUUCGAGGAGAAUGAUUGAGGAGGGAAGUCCAUUGAGGAAUUCACUGUCUAAUGUUGCUGGACAAGUAAUCAAAAUUAAUAUUGUAAACUAUAAGAAGUAA